AUGGAAAGCCUGCGAGGACGUCGGGCAAAAUUGCAUCUUUUGCCCAACCUAAACGCGCUGUGGGUCCGUGUGUGGAAAGCUAAGUAUGGAGACCAACCGUUUAAUAUCGACUCGGGUCAUCGGGGACCGUGCUCGCCGGUUUUACAAUCUGUCCGGAAAAUAUGGCCGCGAGUAAUGGCAGGCACACGAUGGUCUAUCCGUGAUGGCCGAACUGUGAAAUUCUGGACAGAUAAUUGGCUCCCAUCGGGUAUCAAUUUAAGCUCAAUAGCUACAGGCGUAAUUCCUCGGGCCAUGCGCGAUUACCCCGUUUGCUAUUUUACUUCGGAUGUGGGUGAAUGGAAGUGGCUUGAAUUUUCGCACUUGCUUCCGGCGGCUGUUUUACUACAGAUAGCGGCGAUCCCGGCACCCAAUGCAUCCCGUGGAAGUGACAAGCUGUACUGGAGCUGCUCAUCAACAGGUGCUUUCUCCACAAAAUCUGCUUAUAACUCUCUCGAUGUGGCAGCUCCGACGUCCUCGCAGGCUCUGUGGACAGCAAUUUGGACAUGGCCGGGCCCUCCGCGUAUUCGCACCUUUCUCUGGUUGCUCAAGAGGAAUCGGCUUCUCACAAACUCCGAACGCUGCCGUCGGCACUUGACGAGCUCGGACGUCUGCAUCGUGUGCGGCCUUGCGGUGGAGACGGCUUUGCACGUGGUCCGGGACUGUUCUCUGGCUAAAGAAAUAUGGCGAAGUCUCCUGCCGUGUGCCGCUGCUGGGCAAUUUUUUCGGCUGCAACUAGAACAAUGGAUCUCCUUCAAUCUGCUACAUUCGAAGGAUCUUGGUCAGGCCUGGGACAGAACUUUUGGUGUGGUGGUGUGGAAGCUAUGGCAGUGGCGCAACGAAUUCAUUUUUCAGGGAAAGCAACGGACUUUACAGGUAUGCAAGAAGGAUAUUUUCUCGUAUAUUGACGGGCUCUCCACAUCCCUUGCUGCUGCGCAGAAAUUGGGAGGGACGGGCCACCUUCGUGUCCCUCGUUGGAUUCGGUGGAUGCGGCCUCCGCCUGAUUGGGUGAAGUUAAAUUCUGACGGCUCGUAUAAUGGGGUGUCGGGCUUGGGUUAUGCAGGUGGUCUCCUCCGGGAUGAGAAUGGAAAUUGGCUAGGAGGUUUUACACUGAACAUAGGCUACUGUUCGAUUAUGGCGGCUGAAUUAUGGGGCCUAUUUAGGGGCCUUUCAUUGGCUUGGGACCUGGGCUUUCGUCAGAUUGAGGCGGAGGUUGAUAAUGCGAGCGUCGUGCGGUUUUCGGAAUCGUUUGAAGAUAUACCGGGAGUGCAUUCGGGACUUAUUAUGGGAAUUAAGGAUCUCCUGAGCCGUUCUUGGCAAGUUAAGACGAAGCAUCCUUUCGUUCGUUCUCUCCUCAUCGCCUUGUUUUGCGCCGCGCUUAUCCUCAAAGAUGCUUCGGGGACUAGACUCGCCAUGGAGCUUCACAAACUCCCGACCGGCUUACUAAACAAGGAUGACUCGAAAAGGUCGUUGAUUGGUUCGGUGGCCCCCACGUGCACGUACAACGAGUGCAGAGGCUGCCGGUUCAAGUGCAGGGCAGAGCAAGUCCCGGUCGAGGGAAAUGACCCUAUAAACAGCGCUUAUCACUACAAAUGUGUUUGCCAUAGGUGA